UUGUGCUACUUUUUGGAUAAUUUCUUAUUUUGCUGCUCGCUGCUUUCUUCCCAUAUUUUUAAAAGAGACACUUUGCUGUGGUUAAAUUGAUGAGUGUUGAGAGCAUAGGCUGUAUAUAAAGAUUGAUUAUUUAUUUAACAGUGAUAUGGUGUUCAGACUCUGUCCUUUUCCCCAUUAAUGAAACUCGGCGGACACUAGGACCCGCAAAAACACCCUCUGCACAGAGAGAACGACUUUCAUCGAAAAAGCGAGAUUCUUCACUGCCAUCUACUUCCGCAUUUGCUUUAAAGCCUCAGCCCUGUCAAAUGUAGAUUUUAGGACUAAUAAUCGCCUUUUCAGACCACCUUGAAACAUAAGUCGGCAGUAACGGCUCAUGCAUGUGUGUUAAUUGUAUACUUAGUUAGCAGCUGUUAUAGAAUAUCAUAGCAAGCUAUUUUUUUUGCUGCGGUUGUUCACCAUUUUUGCCGUUGGACGGAGAGUGAUGUCUGGGAGUCCUGCUGUGCUGAUGAGGCUGGUGGCCUCUGCUCACUCUGUGGCUGAGAGGGCCGGGGCCAUCGUGAGGAAGGUCCUUCACAGCGGAGAACUUGGCAUUGUGGAAAAGACCGGAGCGAAUGAUCUACAGACUCUUGCAGACAGACUGGCACAGCAGAGCAUUUGUGCAUCAUUGUCCAGAUGUUUCCCCAAAAUCACCAUCAUCGGAGAGGAGGAGCUUCCGGCUGAGGAGAUAAAGGAGGAUCUCAUUGAGAGCGGCCACUCAGAGGAAGUCCUUCAGAAGACGUGUCCAGCAGAGUUCAGCAGGCUGAAAGAGGAGGAGAUAGUUGUGUGGGUUGAUCCCCUCGAUGGCACAAAGGAAUACACUGAAGCAUCGAGGUGUCUUCAGCACCAAACUGAGGCCCAGAUACCAAACACGGGGUCGGACACCUCUCAGCCUCACAGCACAGCUCUCUGGCUCCUGGAUAAUGUGACGGUGCUUAUCGGUAUUGCAUAUGGAGGCAGAGCUAUUGCAGGCGUCAUCAACCAGCCUUUCUACAACUACCAGCAUGGAGCUGGAGCAACUUUAGGAAGAACCAUUUGGGGCAUGCUGGGAUUGGGCGCCUUUGGAUUUCAGCUGCAGGAAGUUCCAGGCGACAGACGCAUCAUCACCACCACACGUUCCCAUAGCAACAAGCUGGUAACCGACUGUGUAGACGCAAUGGAGCCUCAUGAAGUUAUAAGAGUGGGUGGUGCUGGAAACAAGAUCAUUCAGCUUAUUGAAGGAAAGGCUUCUGCUUAUGUCUUCGCCAGUCCAGGGUGCAAGAAGUGGGACACCUGCGCUCCUGAAGCCAUCCUGCAUGCUGUCGGAGGUAAACUGACUGACGUGCAUGGAAAUGCAUAUCGCUAUGAUGCUAACGUAAAGCACAUGAACUCUGCUGGCGUUCUUGCCACACUGCGCAACCACAACUACUACGUCAGCAGAGUACCACAGUCAGUGCUGCAAGCCCUCAAGUCAGACUGAGGUCAGUCUCCAUCAGAAAUCACACUGCUGUCCCUCUGUGGUCCAGAGAUCCAGCACUUUAAAUCCAUCCACACAUGCAGGAACCUUCAAUGUGAAAAUGUCAUAUAAUCAAAUGUCUAACGUGAUGAUUUCAAACUCAAAUUGGGCAUGGCGAACUACAAUAAUAUGUUUUUUGUGGCAUUCAUCAUCACUCAGCACUUAAUCUACCAGAAACGCACAGGGAGCAGGCUCACCAGCACUUCCAUUUUAUUCACUCGUUUCAAACAAACUUUUACAAAUCUCAGAACAUCUUAACAUACCGUUUCAAACUUGAAGACCAAUAGAUUUACAAGGAAAAAGGCAAAGAUUUCAAUAAAUAAAAAAUACAUUGGUUAAAUGUUCAUUAGUGAGUUGGAAAUGAUCGGCUUCAUUCAAUAACCACUAAGUGGGAACACUGUUAUAUAACGAGCAUAAUGCCAACGACAAGCGAAAUGCCAUCGUCCCCCCUCGAUGAGUUUGACCUCGUUACGAUGUCAUGCGAUGACUGGAAGUUCAACAAUGUUCAAUGUGAGAGGUCAUUUUCUACCACUGUGAGGAUGUAUAUACUGACAACUAUUUUUAAAUCUCGAACUGUACGUCAGUUUCUGCCACGUUCUUCAUAUCCGUCUCUACGUUUCUACACACCUACUGAACUUACCAGACUCAAGGACACAAACUCAAAGUGCUCAGUGAUGUUUGGUCCCAACAUUUUCCACACACACUGAAUUUACAUCUGAACUGAUGAAGAAACUUUUACGCUAUCUCAUUGCUCUGUUUUUCCCAUUUUUUAAAAUACCAAACAAUUAAAAUUCUGCUUUUUAACAACCUCAGAUGCUUCUUCAGUGAUGUGACGGAUAAAAGUUUCAGAGCUUGGAUCUAAUGUAGAGCAUCUUCUGUAUUUGAAUGCCCUGGUGAAAGGUACAGCAUUUUUUAAAAAAAAUUCAAAUAGACUCUAAUGGCUUUUUCGCAUUUAUGCUUGCAUAUGGCAAGUUUUUUUUUGCAAUAUUUAUUGCACUUAAAAUAUCAAAAUCUCAGGAUUUCAUUUAGCUCUUGGGGAGAAAAACAUUCUUAAGUCAUAGGGAAAGUCAUAGCAAUGUCUUAACAGUAUGCCAUUCUUAAAGGAAAGAUUUCACAUUUUGGGAAAAGUCACUUUCUUGCUGAGACUAAAGCCCUAUUCACACAGGACCUCUGGUAAUCUGUAAUAAUUGUGGAGGUCGUCCUAAUCCCAUGCGAUUCUGCCAUGUCCGUAAUUUGUCAAGUAAAAAUUCCACCACAAAGUACCUACUUUAUUUACUUUACAUGUGAUAAUAUAGUGAAAAUAUAAUGAUAACAAAAGUCCCGUGCAAGAUGGGAUCUCUGUGAUUCAGGGUCGUGUUUGGGUUUUCUGCGGCUCGUUUCUGCGUCUUUGCCAGUCAAGAAUUAGGAGGCUGUGUUAGUAAUUCUAAAUUAAAUCUUGAUAGCAUUUUAGGUGUAGAGGGCUCAUCUCACUACACAGCACGGAGACCUGUUCACAGAUAAUAAAGCUCAGAUCAAUUACAAGAGGGAAAUCUCAAAAGAUGAUGAGAUGAAUAACACGACAAUGUGUUGCGGAAUUGGACCUGUUUGUAUAACCAACAUUUAGAGAAAAAUUGAGGUUACCACUGUCAUCACCACUAGCUGUGCUGAGUAGUAUUUCUGUGUCAGUCACUUUGAGUAAAAUACAGACACUUAUCCUGUGAAUGCGCUGUAGGAAACACAGACGUGGAAGGGUAAUUUCCAGUCCUGUGGGAAUGGGGCUUUAGAUGAUACUAAGUUUAAUACUUGAUGUCUGU